AUGGAUUUCAACAGUGAUGAUUUCAUGGACAAAUUGCGUGAAGCCUUAAGGAACGUUGACAUGAGAGAUGAACGAUGGAGGCCUAGAAGGGGUGAACCACGUCCAAACGUGGAUGAGUUCAAAAUCACCGAACUACCUGAAUUUAAUGGUAGUGCAGAUCCGGAGGUUUAUUUAGAAUGGGAGCGCAAGAUUGAUAGAAUGUUUGAUUUCAAGGAUCUUGAUGAUGAGAAACGUUGCAAAUAUGCGAUUCUGAAACUUAGCAAAAGUGCAUCGUUGUGGUAUGAGGGUUUGAAGGCUAGAAGGACACGAGAUGGGAAGGAGAAAAUCCACUCUUGGGAGUCCUUGAAGAGGAAGUUGCGCAAAAGAUAUGUACCAUCAAACCACCGACUGAAUUUGUAUAAAAAGAUUGCAGAUUUGGUGCAAGGCAAAAUGAGUGUCACUGAAUACAUUGAUGAGUUUGAGAACCUAUGCCUAAUGGGUGAAGUGGAGGAAAAUGAAGAGCAAAGAAUGAGCCGUUUCCUUCGUGGGCUGAAUAAGAACAUAGCUUUUGCUGUUGAGCUAUGUAAUUACACAGAUUUCACCACUUUGUGCACCUUGUGUUUGAAGAUUGAAAAUCAAAACAAGAGUAGAUAUAAUGCUGGGAGUUCUAGUGGUUGGUCCAAGGGAGGUGUGUCGGGUAGUGCAAAUCCAGCCCCUAACACUAAACCAAUGGUGAAUCAACCGAAACAAAGUGAGGCCGCUCCUAAACAACCCAUUGCCACGGCCAAGGAGACUAAUCUGUCAAAGGUUAGGUGUUUCAAGUGUCAAGGCUUUGGACACUUUGCUAGGGCUUGUCCUAAUCAACGAGUUGUGACCCUCCGAGAAGCAAUUAGCAUGCGUGAUGAGUUGAUGAAGGAAGAAGAAGAAUCUGGUGGCAAUAUUGAAAGUGAUGGAGUUGAAAUUGUUGAAGAUGAUGAUGAUGAGGUAGAAGUAUAUGGACCUCCCAUAUAUGAUACCUUGAUGCUAAGAACUUUGCAAGUCAAGGCUGUACCCGUGGAAGGAGAUCAAAGAAAUCAAAUCUUCUACACUAAGGGUCAAGUGAAAGAUAAGUGGUGUAGUAUCAUUGUGGAUGGAGGUAGUUGUACCAAUGCGGCUUCAACUGAAAUGGUGUCUAAAUUAGGAUUGCUCACAACAAAACAUCCUAAGCCUUAUGCGCUACAUUGGUUGGACAAUGGAAGUAGCAUAAAUGUUACAAGGCAGACGCGUGUGGGACUAACCAUGGGAUCUUAUGUUGAUGAAAUCUUGUGUGAUGUGGUACCUAUGGAUGCAAGUCACAUACUUUUGGGACGCCCUUGGCAAUUUGAUAGGGAUGUCACGCAUAGAGGAAGGUCCAAUGAGCAUGAAUUGAACUUCAAUGGCAAGAGGAUUGUGUUGAAACCAAUGGCAUCAAAUGAAGUCCGUUCCAUGAUUACAAAAAGAGGUAAAAAGCCUAGCCUCACUAUGUUUGCUACUGAAAAUGAAGUGAAGGAUGCUAUUGAUAAUGGUGAAUUAGUCUACAUGUUGGUUGCAAAGAAUGCUAAGCAAGACGAUGUAGAGACUCCUCUUAAACAACAAUUGGAGGCUGUUUUGGGUGAGUAUGAAGAUGUGUUUCCAAGUGAACUACCAAAUGGUUUGCCACCUAUCCAUGGGAUUGAGCAUCAAAUUGAUCUAAUUCCGGGAGUUCCAUUACCAAACAAGGCUGCAUAUAGGUGUAAUCCAGAGGAGACAAAGGAGUUGCAACGGCAAAUUGAAGAAUUGAUAAGCAUGGGUUAUGUGCGUGAAUCAAUGAGCCCAUGUGCUGUUCCGACAUUGUUGGUUCCUAAGAAGGAUGGAUCAUGGAGAAUGUGUAUUGAUAGUAGGGCGGUGAACAACAUAACCAUCAAAUAUCGUUUUCCCAUUCCAAGACUAGAUGAUAUGCUUGAUGAGUUACAUGGAUCGGUUAUCUUCUCAAAAAUUGAUCUAAGGAGUGGAUAUCACCAAAUCAGAAUGCGUGAAGGUGAUGAAUGGAAGACGGCAUUCAAGACUAAGCAUGGUCUAUAUGAAUGGCUAGUUAUGCCAUUUGGGCUCACAAAUGCACCUAGCACCUUUAUGAGGCUCAUGAACGAAGUACUCAAGCCUUUUUUGGGUAAGUUUGUUGUUGUUUAUAUUGAUGACAUAUUGGUGUAUAGCAAAUCUAUUGAGGAGCAUUUCACUCAUUUGAAACAAAUCUUUGAGACCCUAAGAGCACAAAAACUAUAUGGGAAGAAGGAAAAGUGUGAUUUCUUGGUUGAAAGUGUGGUGUUUCUUGGAUAUGUGGUGUCUAAAGAUGGAGUAUCCGUUGAUCAAACAAAAGUGGAUGCUAUCAAGACUUGGCCGAGCCCUACAACAGUUUCGGAGGUGAGAUCUUUCCUUGGUCUUGCAUCAUUUUAUCGGCGCUUUAUCCAGAAUUUUAGCACUAUAGCAUAG